UUUAAAUGUGUGAAGUGAUUCAAUAUAUAAGAUCACAAAUCACAUAAAACGCGAGUCUAUCUACACGUUGGUUAUUUGAACAUUUUUUUUUAAUUUAGUGAAAUAAAAAGUCAAAAUUUACAAUCAACGUUUUCAUGCAUUUUCAUAUCAAUGUGUCAAUUUGUUUGGAUUAAUAAAAAAAAAACUUUAAAAAUUCAGAGUCAGUGUAAGUCGCAAAAUCUCAACAUCUGUCGAUAAAAGAGCAGAAGUAACAUUAGACGUUUUAUCAUUUGCAACAUUAGACUUAAUAUCGGUGUAUAUUAUUACAAGGACAAAGUUUCUGAGAUCUAAACGGGACGGACGGACGACGGACAGACAGGCCACACAAAACUAAUAGCGUCUUUUCCCCUUUCGGGGGCCGCUAAAAACAAUCAAAAAUUAAAAUACCAUAUAUAUUAAAGGGGCAGUGGAAGUUUCUUGCCAUCCUGUCAGUCAUGGCCGUAGACUGUUGUACCUGCAUGCCCCACCGCUAUUUUAUCGUCAUGAUGUGCUCCAUUGGUAUGCUGAUCAGUGUCGGAUAUAGAACCAGCUUUUCACUCGUGGUGACCCACAUUGAUCUCGUGGACAACACUAGUUCAAGUAUCUCUAAGGACUCGGACUCCUUCUUCCCGAGCUGCAGCACCAAGAACACAACGCGCGACAAGGUCGUCAACUGGAAAGGUUCAACUACACUUUUGUUUGGUACUUUCUAUUUCAUUGGUCAAAUUCUCUUCUCACUCCCAGGCGGUAUAUUGGUUCAGAGAUACUCCGCAAAAUGGAUUUUCGUUAGCACGAUAUUUAUAUCCAGCAUCCUGCAGCUCCUGUUGCCACUUGUCAUGGAGUUUGAUCACAUCUGGCUCAUACAUCUGUAUAGAUUUGUUCAAGGUUCUGUCGAAGCUAUUACAGUGCCUGCUCUCAACGGUGUUGUUAGUCCAUGGACUCCUGCAUAUCAAAGAUCACAACUUAUGACUUUAGCCUACGCAGGAGUUUAUUUCAGUCCUGCUGUGGCAAGUAUUACAACUGGAGCUUGUCUUUGCUAUGUUAGCUGGAGCAGUAUCAUGUACAUAUAUGGAGGUGCUGGGGUGGUGUGGAGUGUUUUCUAUGCAUUUUUCGCUUUCCAAUCCCCCGAGAAGCAUCCAGGUCUGUGUGAAGCAGAGAGGGCCAUCUUUCUAUCCCAUAGUUCCUCCACACCAAGCAAGACUUUGGUCCAAAAGACACCUUGGUGUAAGAUCCUGACGUCGAUGCCAGUCUGGGCGAUGUUCGUUGGUGCAUUCUGUAGAUGUUUUGUCUUUGUGAUGCUCAUAAUGCAAGUUCAGCAAUAUUAUAAGGAUGUCUACCCUCAUCUGAAUUCCGCAAUGAUCGGGCUAUUGAGCGGAAUUCCACACGUCUUUAUGGUGGUACUAAUGUUGAUUGGUGGCAAUGUUUUUGACUAUCUAGUAAAUAAAAAUCUACUAAGUCGAACAAAUUCAAGAAAACUGGCCGAAACAUUAGGAUUUGGAGUUAUGGGGGCUUGCAUUCUGGCCAUUGGUUUCUUGAAUGAUUACGUCGUAGUCGCUGUUCUAUUCUGUGUUGGUGUGGCUUUUAGUGCAUUUUCUAUUUCAGGAUAUCAAUUAAAUCCUCUUGACCUCGCGCCUAAAUUUGUCGGUCCUUUGACGGGAAUCUCCAGAACAGGCACAGCUGGCUCUAUUGUUAGUACUUUACUGGCAGCCAAGACAGUUGGUGAAACGCAUAAAUUGCUCGACUGGCACAAUUUAUUUAUUGUUGGUGGAAGCCUUCAUUUAGCUGGAGUUCUAUUUUAUUGCAUUUUUGCCUCUGGCAACAUACAACCAUGGGCACAGCCUGAGUCUGAAACACUCAUUGGCGCACCAUCCGAUACCCAGAGAAUUAAUGCAUCAACAGAAGGCUCAGGUAUAGAGACUCCAAAAGCAAAGACGGCUAAAACUACUUCAAACUAUGGGGCAUUUCAAGAUAGUAUUUAUUGACCUUAUUAUGUAUAUAUUUUGGACAACUUUUAAGACAUGAACAUAAUAUAAUAACGGCAGUUGUGAGUACCAAACUCAGAGUACAGUAAUGGCUCCAUUUGCAGCUCUAUUUUAUACUUAGUAGGAAUGAUUAAAACUUGAGUAGAUCUAUACCCUUAGACCGAUAUGUAUAUAAAGAGAGAGACUUGACAAAGCUUAAAUCAAUCGUGAAAUUUCUGCAGUUCUAAAUGACAAUGUUUAACAAAAGUUGUUUUAUUCAGAUUUAGCAUAUGUACAAAUUUAAAUAAAAAAGCUUCUAAGGGUUCUAAAUUCUAGAUGUCUAUAUCUAAAUCUAGACUCUAUAGGCCUAAUAUUAUUUGCAUGACUAGCCUAAAAAAAGUUAUCCCUUAUCUAUUCGUGACAAUGAACUUAUGAAAGCCUACUUGAUUAAUUCCUAUUAGAUUUCAACAAAAAUCUAGAUUAAAAAAAAUAGGAAGUGAUGCUGGGAUGUCAGCCUCAUUCUUUUACGACUUCGCCUGAAGUCAUAAACAAAAAUUUAUUGAUAAUUUAGAUCCUUUUUAAUGUACGGCUGAGGAAUAGGUCUAUAGGUAUUUUGUUGUAUUGAGAUUCACAGAAGUCUACAUGACCAUGUUUGCUUUUUUUUCGAUAUUGAUUUAGAUAGCUUUAACAAAAAGAGCGAAUAAAAAUUUCCCCUCUGUCCAGUUUAUUUAUUUCUAUGUCUAUACUUUAAUUAUGCUCCUAUUUUGUUGUACUCUACUGACUGGCAGAAUUGUAGUCAUUGGUUAACUUGCUUGACGCGUGAACGUAAUCAUCUUCUUUUUUGAAGUAACGUCUGUAUUUUAUAAGAUAGAAGAUAAAUCUGGUACUAAAAGAAACAACAUUUGGAUGGCUGCCUAGUCGUAUGGUAUGCGCUGGACUUUCGUUCGGACUUCUCGAUGGUCCUGGGUCCCCCUGCCAUCCCCCGUCGUCCUGUGGGAGGUUUGGACUAGGAAGUAAAUUAUCCUCAACUCUGAAGGAACAUCCGAAACAUAUAAAACAUUUUACAAACAUUUUCUACAAGCAUUUAAGCAAACACAAACAUAAAAUUAUCUUAUGUCAUAUUGAUACAUUUCAGUAGCUAUUUAUCCAACCGGAACCUAAGCACAUGGAAACAGGUCAUUGGUCAAGUAGGGGGUAAAUGUCCUGACAUUUUUUUUCUGUCCUUCUAGCAGCGGCAUUUUGCAUUUCUUUUAUUAGUAGUCCUAAUACAAAUUUGACGAGUAUACGCUGUAUGUUGUGUGCAAUGACUGUACUACAAGAAGUAAUUUUCUAAUAACAUGAAUUGUUUUCAAAUGCAAUGACAUUUUGUUGGAACUUGAUCAAUUGUGUUGUAUUAGUGAUGAAUGACAUGAAUAAAAUGUACCAGGUGUAAUAAAUGUGUACACAAGUGAGUUAAC